UGUAGACAGACUACAGUUGGGAACCUUUCAUCUCUCAUAGAAGAUGUUUAGUUAUUAAGGUAGAUGGUUGAAGAGCGUUCACCCCUCCUUGCAACCACCAAAGCAGUAAUGGAGUCGUCCAAAAGCCCUCUCAAAGUCCGUAUCCCAGUUAUUGUGAUGACUGUGCUUUUCGGGACAGGAGCCUGGAUUGCCAUCAAUGGGCUUUGGGUAGAGCUCCCACUACUAGUCUCGCUCAACAUCCCCGAGAAUUACAACUUGACCUCGUAUUUGACUGUCAUCAUCCAACUGGCCAACAUCGGCCCGCUGACCUUUUCGCUGUUGAACUACUUCCUGGCGACGGAGAAACGAAUUGAAAUACCCACAGUGUUCAUCAUUGUGACCCUUGGCUGCAUUGCUUCCUUCUUGCUGAUCAUCUUCUGGGACUCUUAUUCAGUUUGGCCAACGGAUAACAAACUCCACAGCACUGCUCUUUUAGUGUUAGCGUUCUUUCUCUCCCUGGUAGACUGCACAUCAUCGGUGACAUUCACUCCCUUUAUGUCCCUCCUGAAGGAGUCCUACCUAAUGUGGUACUUCAUCGGGGAGGGUCUGAGCUCCUUACUUCCAAGUGUUGUGGCUCUGAUUCAAGGCGUAGGUGGUCAAGAGUGCGUUGCCAAUGGCACUUACAUCAAUCGGACUGUGAUCAAAAAUGUCACAGUGCUGUUGAAUUGUACCAACUGGAUCGGUAGAGACUCCGAAGCUCGUUUCCCUCCGGAGGACUUCUUUGGUUUCCUCCUAGCGAUGAUGAUAACUUGUGGGAUCGCCUUCACGUUACUCAAUUAUCUGCCUCUAGCUAAACAGGAACACAUUCCAGCCCUGCCACCAUCCAAGACACCCACCGUAGAAGAUUCUGAAUCUUCCAAUAGAAGCUCGGACAGCCACAACAUGCUUGUCUGCAGAUCUGAUACACGCAUUGCAGGAGGGGAUGGGCUAGUACCCAUUCCCCAGGAAGAUGAGGGCGAUGAUAAAAGUGACCAAGCUACAUUCCAGACCGUCCACAUCUUAACCAGACUUGAGUAUAUUUACCUGUUUGUUCUGCUCGCGAUUGUAUGUGCAAUUAGUAAUGGCAUUCUUCCAUCGAUUCAGACUUACUCUUGCGCGCCCUACGGGCUUAACACGUACCUCCUGGCUGCUACACUGGGCAAGAUUGCCAACCCAGUUGGUGCUUUUGCUGUGCUGUUGUUUCCCUGUACAAGUUUGAGUAUUCUUGGGGCAAGUACUCUUGCUGGAGUCCUGGUCAGCGCCUACUGUAUCUUGACUGCAUCACUUAGUCCUACACCACCACUCCAACAUGAACUAGCCGGUGAUGUCUUGAUUACACUGGCAUGGAUUCUGAUGAACACCUGUUUCGGGUAUUCCAAGUCCCUCAUCGCAUGGAUACUCAGGACUCAGCCCAAGAGUCGGAAACUCCUCAUCUGGUAUGGCGGUAUCACUCAGGUUGGCUCCAUGAUAGGUUCCUUCACUAUGUGGCCCUUAAUCAACAUUGUUGGCGUGUUUCAACCGUAUUACGAGAAUGUGUGCGAUGGUUAUCCCGAGUGUCAAACACCUCAGAUUCCUGUAGCAUACAGGAAUUCAGAUCUCUAUGUGUAACACUCAAUAUUCCUUAGCCCUGGGGUGGAUUUCACAAAGAGUUAAGACUAGUUAAGACGAGUUACUUUUCCUAACUUAGUCCUAAGUUAAGACUAGUCCUUACUCUUUGUGAAUUCGACCCCUGGAGGCCUAACUUUAUUGCAUGUCAUGACCGAGUGGUUAAAAGCACUGAGCUAAAGUGACUAGCUUGGUGGGCUAGUUAACUAGUCCGUUGGAUUUGUUGACUAGCCCGGUACACACGCUAACUACUACCUCUUUGGACAAGGUGCCUAGCCUAGGGGACUAGCUAACAAGCCUGGUGGACUGGCUGACUAGCCCAGUGGACUGGCUGACUAGCCUGGUGAACUAGUUGACUAACCUGGUUGACUAGCUGUCUUGUCCUCUUUAAUAGUUUAAUAGCCAAGUUUAAUAGCCAAGUGGACAAAUUGACUAGCUCAUUGGACCAGUGGCAGACUUGACUAGCCCGGUGGAUUAGUUGACUAGCCAAGUGGACUAGCUGACUAGCCCAGUGGACUAGUCGACUAGCCUAGUUGACUAGUUGACUAGCCCAUUGGACUAGUUGACUAGCCCAUUGGCUUUCUAUCCUGGUGGACUAGUUGACUAGCCCAGUGGACUUGCGAGCUAGCCCAAUGGACUAGCUGAAUAGCCUGGUGGACUAGUUGACUAGGCCGGUGGACUAGUCACAAAAAAAAGUGUGCUCAAGGUCUUCUGUGUCAAAACAGAACAGGACAGAAACUGAUAAGAGGAUAGCGUUAAUUUUGCAAAACAUAUGGAAAAGAAAAUUCCAAAGGUUUAUGUGAGUGAUUAAAAUCAUUUAAAAAAAACAACAAAAAAACCCAAACAAGAACAAAGAGAGCUUGUAGUGUAUAACUGUUAGUGUGAGGUGAGCAUGGAUAACAGUGUGUACAUUACACGGAUGUCGGACACUUCGCACCUCGGGACACUUCGUACCGUAACCAAAUUGGUCACUUCGUACUGUGGGCGGGGUACGAGAGUGAUCAGCAGCUGAGUCACUUCGUACCCUCAGCCGAGUCACUUCGUACCUUUAUUCAAAUGUGUAUUCCUCAAUAAGUUAAUGUUUGUUGUCAUAUAAAUUAAUAAUACUUGACAUGAUUUUGUGAAUGUUCUUUUUAAUGAAAUUGAUAUUUUGUGUAAAGUUAAUUAAUGCCAAGGACAAUCUUCCGCCCAUAUUUUUUACAAAUAUAAAAAAAACAAUCAUGCAAUCGUCAAAAUGGCUCCUUGGUCCCAACAAAAUAAUAGUAAUUGGUAUGAUUUGACAAAAUCAUCAUAAAUGAUGCAGAAAUCCCGAUUUAGUACGAGGUACGAAGUGUCUUGUAAGAAGGUACGAAGUGUCCAAGGUUUGAAGUGUCUAAAGUCCAGGGUAUGAAGUGGCAAAGGCACGAAAUGUCCCGACACCCAUCACACUCACGAACCUAACAGUUUUGGCAGAGGCUUUUGCCUUUGUCUGCCCAUCUUAGAAAUUGUCACAGCGACGGCGAAAUUAUGGGCAAAUUAAAUAUAAACACUUAUUUUAUUUCAAAGCAUAAACAAAUUGUGAGGUUUUUUGUUUACAUCAGAGGUGAAACACACAAUGAAAAAGUAUUACUUUGUGUAUUUAUAUUGUUUUUUUUGGGGUACUGUAUUGCAUUUGAUAUUAUACAAUCAUAGCUCCAGGUAUUUGUUUUAAAUCUGGAAACAUUUUUGAAAUUUUCCUUCAUUAUUUCUAAAGUCCUAAAAAAUGACAAUGCAAUGGUAUAUAAUAAUAAUGUAUAGAUUAGCUCUGAUUAAUUAAUCAGAGGCUACUACAAAUUAUUUAAAAGUAUUUAGGAAGUAUUUUUUUACUAAAGGUACAUGCACAUGUUCCAAUUAUAAAAAGGGUGUAAUAGACCCUUCCCAUGAAAUAUGUAAAUCUCACAUAGCGCGUACGCACUGACAUUUUGGUUGGCAAAAUGAGGGAACAUUGCGCUGUUUUUGUACACGGGUAAUGGCUGCGUGACUCAAAUCAAUUGCUGCUUAGUGCAAGACUCUAUGGCGUUUGCCAAUCAAUAGGGUCUGUACACAUGCGUGAAUGUCAUUAGCGUAUUUCAUGGGAAGGGUCCAUUUAAUUGUGUGAGAAAACAUUAAACAUGCCUCGUUGGUUUUUUAAAACCUUAUUAUUGAGCAGAACAAACAGGUAGCGAUGGCAACUACUGGGUUUGUUGGUGAACAGCGUUCUCGUUUAACAGUGUUCCGCUGGCCAAAUGCCAGUAAAACACCGAAGGACCAGUCAAAAUUCACUCCAAGGGGUCCAGGCUGGCUAGCCCAGCUUUGAAAUCAAAUAUUUUAAAAGUACUUUCCAUCCUCCAAGGGCUGGAACAAAUCCAUGUGAAUUUUGUUCAACAAGUGUGACAUUAUGCAUUCUUUAGGUAUUCUGGCAGGCAAGAUACUACACAGGUCCUAUGGGAAAGUUGACGUUGUGUGUCA